GUACACAUCACCUCUUUAAAGGGAGGGUACGUGCCAUCCCCCGUGUUCCCCCCAUCCUUCGCAUUUAUCCAGUCCAUACCCACCUGAGACACUGCGGUACACAAAAUGAACCCUCUUAUAAUCGCAAUCCUUCGCGCCUUCCAGCUCGUCUUCUCCGUCGUCGUCCUCGGCAUCUCCAUCUCCCUCGCCAAAGGCCAACACAUUAAUUCCGUCCCCGGUGCCACCGGCUACGCAGCCUUCACCGGCGGUCUGGGCACACUCGCGUCUCUGAUCGGCGCGGCAGCGAUAUUCAUCGAGUCAUUCCAAACGUUCCUCUCAUGGGCGAUUGAUGGAUUAGCGUCGUUGGCGUUUGUUACUGGGGGGAUUAUAUACGCAGUCUACCUCCGCAACACAAACUGCUCGAACCAGCUAACCUCAUGCACCAACUCCAUUAUCAAUGGCGGGUCUUUCAGAGAUGGCAAGAAGACGAUCUGUUGGUAUAGUGGGGGAAAGUUGAAUAGUCGGUGUACGUCGGCCAAGGCGGAUAUGGUGUUUAUGUUUCUGGGGUUUGCGGUUUGUGCGGCGGUUUGUGGGAUGGUGUUUUUGAGGAGGAGGAAGGGGGGGUAUGUUUAGAUUUAUCACAGGAGUGGUGAGGGGGAUGGUUUGUUU